GAUAGGAGAGAGAAAGGUCGUCGUCUCCACUUGAGAGAGACGGAGAAGAAUGUAGCUAGCUAGCUAGCUGGAAGAGCCAUUGACUUGACUUAGCCAACUCUCUCUCUCUCUCUCUCUCUCUCUCUCUUUCUUUAAUUACAAACCCAUCUCCUAUUUUCACCAUUACUGUCCUCCAAUCAAAGAAGACACACGCCGUGAUUCCGCCAUACCCAGAGAAGCUAUUUGAUUGAAGGUUUCUUUUUUUCUGUCUGUAUAUUCAAAACAUGAUUCCUAUUUGAAUUGAAGGUGCAAAAUUUUGAAGAAAUGGUGAAUAGGGUAUUUACGAUUCUAGCAUGUAUCAUAUUAUUUUUACUCUUCGACGAUACAUUGGAACAAACAUUACCCAGCGAGAGGGCGGCUCUAAAACAACUCCGGUCGUCUUUAGCUUUGAGAAGAAAAGAAUGGCCUAUUAAAUCUGACCCAUGUUCAUCCUGGACUGGCAUUCAGUGUCAAAACGGUCAUGUCGUUGAGAUUAAUAUUUCUGGGUUUAAGCGAACCAGAGUUGGCGGUCGAAACCCUCAGUUUGCGGUUGAUUCGCUCGCUAAUCUCACUAUUCUGUCUUCUUUUAAUGCUUCGAAUUUCAACCUUCCGGGUCCAAUUCCAGACUGGUUUGGCUUGCGCCUCAGCUCCCUCAAAUUACUCGAUCUUCGGUCUUGUUCAGUCACCAAUUCGAUCCCGUCAAGUUUAGGAGCUUUGAAUAAUCUCACAAUUCUGGUUUUAUCUAAUAACAGCGUUACCGGGACAAUUCCUUCGAGUUUAGGGCAAUUAUCCAGUCUUUCAUUUCUCGAUCUUUCACAAAAUUCUCUAACUGGAUCAAUUCCUUCGUCUUUCUCAUCUCUUCUCAAUCUCACUUUUCUUGACAUCUCUUCAAAUUUCCUCUCUGGUAUCAUCCCUCCCUUCAUUGGAAGCCUUUCCAAGAUGAAAUCCCUCAGUCUUUCUAAUAACAGUCUUUCUUCUCCAAUACCUUCUCAACUUGGUAAUCUCACUAACCUGGUUCAUCUUGAUCUCAGCUUUAAUUCUUUAUCGGGUACAUUUCAUGCAGAAUUAUGGUCUCGUAUGCCUGAAUUGGUUCUUCUUGAUGUAUCUAACAAUAUGCUCACUGGUACUCUAUCAAAUCUUACAUUAAACUCCAGCUCAACUGCAUUAUUGAACCUCUCUAGUAAUAUGUUUUAUGGAAGUCUCACAACUGUUCUAAAAAGUUUCAUUCUCACCGAUCUAUCUUCAAAUUAUUUUCAAGGAAUUGCUCCGAAUGACGCUCUAAGGAAUGAAACCCUGGAUAGAAAUUGUCUUGGAGGUUUGUCUAAUCAGAGGACGGCUGCUGAUUGUUCAUCUUUCUAUUCUGAUAAAGAGAUUCCUUUUGAUAAUUUUGGGCUGCCAAAUGCCACUGGACCUCCUAUUAAUAAGAAGAAUCGUCACCGAAGCCUAAUCAUAUUGGCAGUGGUGUUAGGUGGUGUCGGGAUUAUUGCAAUUUUUGCAGUUCUUACGCUUCUGAUAAUACUCUGCAGCCGGAAGAAGGAACAGUCGGAUAAUCAAAGGGAGAUUAACAUUCAGAACGGUCCUUCAACUGCAACCUCCCCUGGAUUUACGCUAAACUUUUUGAAUUUGGGAGAGGGGUUUACAUACGAGAAGAUUAUUCGUGCGACAGAUAAUUUCAGUGAUGGGAAUCUAAUUAAAAAGGGUCAUUCUGGUGAUCUUUUCAGGGGAUUAUUGGAAAACGGAACAUUUGUGGUGAUUAAACGAGUGGAUUUGUCUUAUGAGUCGGAGUUGGACUUUUUCAGCAAGGUUUCUCAUACAAGAUUUGUUCCUCUUUUGGGAUAUUGCUUAGAGAAGGAAAAUGAGAAGUUUUUGAUUUACAAACAUAUGCCUAAUGGAGAUUUGACGAGCUCUUUCUAUAGGAAGAAGAAACCAGAGGAUGAUAGCUUACAAUCACUGGAUUGGAUAACGAGAAUAAAAGUUGCAAUUGGAGCUGCAGAGGCUCUAUCUUAUCUGCAUCAUGAAUGUUCUCCGCCAAUGGUCCACAGAGAUGUUCGAGCUAGUAGUAUACUCUUAGAUAAUAAAUUUGAAGUACGGUUGGGAAGCCUUAGCGAGGUACGCGUUCAAGAAGAGGAUGCUCAUCAAAAGUCGAGUAAAAGUCAGUCGCCGUUACCACAACCACAAGGAUCCGACAAAAGCAGUUCUGGUUCAUCAACAUGGACAUUUGCGAAUGACGUAUACUGUUUCGGAAAGGUAUUGUUGGAACUGAUAACGGGCAAGAUAGAACUGGAUGGAUCAAAGGAUGAAUCUGCAAUAAAGGAAUGGUUAGAAGCAAGUUUACCUUGUAUAAGUAUAUAUGAGAAGGAGCUUAUAACAAAUAUUGUGGAUCCAUCACUAAUCAUAGAUGAAGAUUUGUUAGAAGAAGUAUGGUCAAUGGCUAUUGUUGCCAAAUCUUGCCUAAAUCCGAGACCAUCUAGAAGGCCAUUGAUGAGAUAUGUUGUGAAAGCAUUGGAAAAUCCUUUGAAAGUCAUAAGGAUUGAAAAUACAAGUUCUGGCAAGUUAAGAACUAUUUCAUCGACAGGUUCUUGGAAUACUGCGUUUCUUGGCAGUUGGCGUCAUAGUAGUUCGUCUGAUGCAGGCAAGGAAGGGAUAAUGGGGAGAUCAAUUUCAAGAGGAGGGGGGCAAAAUGCUGCUGCUGCCAUUGAUCGUCCAUUGUCUAUGAGACCUCUUUCCAGGGAGAACCUUCCGGAAGCAAACAUUUGCUGAUUGUUUAUCAUUAAUGAUAUGAUGAUAUGGGGAAGGUGGGGAAAAGAGGGUAUAUAAUUUGGUGGGGUUUUCUUUGUUUAUGUUUAGGUUGGUGAUGGCAAUUGAUCAAUUGAUCAGUUGGGCAUGUGUUCUUGGUUUUGGUUUGUAAUUGUUGAUAUUUCUUAGUAAAGAGGAUUGCAAACUAUGAUGAUUAUUGGGAGAUUUUGGAUUGAAAUUUGAACUCCAAUGUAAAUAAAAUGGGGGUUCUUCUGCAAAGACAUACUUUAGAGCAAG